UGUAUGAUCGGAACAAUUUCGAGUUGUGCAAUAAAGUGUGGUACUACUUUAGGAAAAAUAACACUAUCACAUACUACAUCUUACACGAGAACUCCACUUAUUCGUGCUGAUUAUUGAACCAAACAAUCAAAUCACCCUUUUAUUCUAUUCUAGUAUUCUACUACGUUUAAAGACUCACAUUUAUUUUGUCACUAAAACCAUCAAAAUCCAGAACAGCAAUCUUUCAAAUACAAUAAAUAUAUAGAUCAGAAAGCGUCAAUGUCAGAGGUUAAAUCUCCUGUUAAUGUAAAUAUCUUAGAUUCUGAAGAAGUUGUAGCUUCAGAAUUGUCAAAAUACGUCGCUGAUUUGUCUGAUAAGUUUGUCAGAGAAAGGGGCGUUUUUACUGUUGUUCUUUCUGGGGGAUACCUUAUACAAAAUCUCAGGAAAUUGGUGGAACCACCCUAUUCAAAUUCAAUUGAUUGGUCAAAAUGGCAUGUGUUCUGGCUUGAUGAAAGAGUUGUUCCCAGAGAUCAUCCUGACAGUAAUUAUAAGCUUGCCUUUGAUGGUUUCUUGUCUAAGGUACCUAUCCUAAUUGGGCAAGUUUAUGCCAUCAAUGAUGCACUCUCCCCAGAAGGGGCAGCUGAAGAUUACGAAACCCGUAUCAGAAAACUCGUCGAAAGCAAUGUGAUAGCAACAUCACAAGCUACAGGCUUCCCAAAAUUCGACCUUAUGCUUUUGGGCAUGGGUCCAGAUGGACAUGUCGCGUCUUUGUUUCCUGGUCAUCCGCUCCUUAAGGAGCAUAAGAAAUGGGUUACCUUUAUUAAGGACUCGCCAAAACCACCUCCAGAGCGAAUCACUUUCACCUUUCCUGUAAUCAACUCUUCUGCUUACAUUGCUCUUGUGGUUUGUGGAUGUGGCGAGGUCAAUGCAGUGAAGACGGUGCUCGGUGACAAGAGUACUACUGAUGUUCUGCCAGCUCAAAUGGUUUCGCCGGAAGAUGAGAUGACUUGGUUUCUAGACAAAGAAGCAGCCUCGUUGUUGUAGAUAAGAUCUCAUGCUUCUAGAUGCAUCAAUAUGUACCUCCUAUUGUGAGGACUUGUAUGACUUUGAUUGUAUGAUUACUACUGAAUAAAAUUGAUGUAUGUCAUGAACUUAAUGAACUAUGACUUAUAUAAUGGAAUAAGAAGUGAAGUUACCCAGCAGGCCAGCAGUAAUUGGGUUAGCUCUAU